AUGGGCGCGAUGGAUCUUGGCGAGAACCGCGUUCUUUCAGCACUUUCUAUCCACGAAGACCCCAGCGACUCAGAAGGAGAAGACAGCGACGCAGAAGACGACCUCGAUGGCUUUGAUUCCGAGGAAGGAGAAGAAGAUGAAGAAGAGAUCAUCGACGUGGCACCUAACCUUUUUGAGCGCUCAAACAUCAACAUUGUCAACGGAGACGAACUCGUCAUUGAGAACACCUGUUCCGAAGAGUCUUGCAUCAGGUCCUUCGAUUCCCAACGCGACCAAAUUGAACACAGCAAAUAUUGCCCAGCUUCGACGACUCACUUUGCGGUCGACAGGGACGACUUGUAUUCCAACUGGGCAAUGAGCAUCCACAACCUCCUUGAGCAUGAGUCACAGUCGGCUCUUUGUCCGUUUCUAUCAUGCAACUUCGCGAGUCAAGCCUUGACACACGCGGGCCGCAAGGCAUCGUUUCUACGACAUGUCAGCGUUCGUCAUGGCCUUGUAGUAUCAUCGCUCAAGUCAUUUCAGCAAUUUCAUUUGGAAGAAGUGGAGAGUGUACAACAAAUGGUCGACCCCAUGGUAACAUACUUGGACCUUUGUCAUACCACGGACGAAUAUGUGCCCAUCAAUAGCCUUCUCCAACUUCCUCCGGAAAUCUCCCGCGAUGAUGCACCGACAUGGAUUAAGGACCACCUUGCCGAAUAUUCGCGGAAGUUCUAUCAGUUGAACAUCCACUCCAUCUCAAGACGCUACGACUCUAUUUAUAACUAUAACCUCGAGAAACUGCGUCGGAUGGACUAUUGCGGUGUGCUGAGAUACCCGAAAGCCCAGAGAUGUGUUGGGGCCACGCCCUAUCUUGCCUGCCCUUUUCGCAGGAUUAUCUCCCUCAAGAAUUCUGUCGUCGAAAAGGCUGUACGCUCUAACGAGCACGGGCUGAAGCUGCCUGACAUGCAGCUACUGCCGCUCGCCCUGGCAAGAGGAUCGGAGUUCGACAUCCGAACUCCCGCCGACGCUGCCGAAUUUCUCGCUGAUCCAGAAAGAGUCUACGCCAAAAUUACGCCGGAGGAAUAUCAGUUCCUUGCUGACUUUCGGGGUUUGAAGGACAUCUACUUCACAGACACUGAGUCCGUCGGCCCGCUUCUCAUUCAAGCUGCCGUUGUCGAUGCACACCGAAACGUUGUUUUUGCAAGCCACAUUAAUCACGGUUGCAACACAGUCGAGGAGAUCUGGAGCUUGGCUGCAGAUCUUUGUGGCGGGAAGCUGUCGAAACAUCAAGCCAAGGGCUUACGCAGAGCUUUCGGGUCGCCAUCCCUUAAAACUCCAAUUGGCUGUGAUGUGGCUUGGCUUGCAGAUCACUGGCGGCAACUGAAGCAGUCUGCCCCCUCAAUGAAGGUAGCAGAGUGGUCUACAUGGUCCUGUGACCAAAUAGCGUAUCGCAAUGCUUUGUCUCGGGCAGGCUUUGACCACGAAGAGAUUCUGCCGACCCAGUCUCACUGGGUCUUGCCCCCUACGCCACAAAACGAAGUAUUCUCGACGCUGUAA